CAGUGACAACUGUCAAAACAAUAUGUAGCUAAAUUCGUGCUUAUUGUGUAAUAAGUACGAAAAGUAUUUAAAAGAAAACACCAAAAUGCAGUCAUUAAAAUUAUUUAACUUAGCAAGAAAUGGCUCUCAUUUCGUUCGGCCUUUCAGUGUUUCUGCAGGAGCGAUGCAAAAGGCCACAGCGAGUGGUCCAAGCGCCACCCCUGGAUACGUUUACGUUAACGACAAAGAACCCAGCAUGGAUAUGAAUGCAAUCACAGACAGGGCUGCGCAAACAUUGUUCUGGACUGAACUUGUCAGAGGUUUCGGUGUAACUCUGGCGCACAUCUUCAAAGAACCAGCGACCAUCAAUUAUCCUUUUGAGAAGGGACCUUUGAGCCCCAGGUUCAGAGGAGAGCAUGCUCUUAGGCGUUACCCAUCUGGUGAGGAACGUUGCAUUGCUUGCAAAUUGUGUGAAGCCAUUUGCCCAGCGCAGGCUAUCACGAUUGAAGCUGAGGAACGCGCUGAUGGUUCAAGGCGUACCACGAGAUACGAUAUCGAUAUGACCAAAUGUAUUUACUGCGGGUUCUGUCAAGAAGCCUGUCCCGUUGACGCCAUUGUCGAAGGACCAAACUUCGAAUUUUCAACUGAAACCCACGAGGAAUUGCUUUACAACAAGGAAAAAUUGUUGAACAACGGCGACAAAUGGGAAUCCGAAAUCGCUAGCAACAUCCAUGCGGAUCACUUGUACCGUUAAAUUGAUUUAAAGUAUUCAGAAUGUAGGAAUAUUUAAAUUGUACAUUUGUUGAUAUAAA